AUGGCGAGUGCAUUGCGAACAUCUGUGCGGCGCUUUGCCACGACCGCAAUACGUGCUGCAGCUGCCGAAACGCCCAAUGCCUACGGAGUUCGCGUCUCGAAAGCCCAAGGAUCUGUCGAUCAGUUGGUUGGAGCGAUCGGAAACACCCCUCUUAUACGAUUAAAAACACUCUCAGAAGAAACCGGCUGCAAUAUCCUUGGAAAAUCCGAAUUCCAAAACCCCGGCGGUAGUGUCAAAGACCGAGCUGCAUUAUAUGUCGUGAAAGAUGCUGAGGAGCGAGGGCUCUUGAAACCCGGCGGGACAGUGGUCGAAGGCACUGCAGGAAACACUGGUAUCGGUCUAGCACACGUCUGCAGAUCAAGAGGAUACCGACUUGUCAUUUACAUGCCCAAUACACAAUCACAGGGCAAGGUCGACCUAUUGAGGUUAUUAGGCGCGGAAGUAUACCCCGUUCCGCCUGUGGCUUGGGAGAACCCAGAAAACUACAACUGGCAAGCCAAGCGGCACGCGGAGAGACUACUAAAGGAGGAUCCUGAACAUGGCGCAGUCUGGACAAAUCAGUUCGACAACACCGCGAAUAGGAGGGCACAUAUUGAAACAACCGGUCCCGAGAUUUGGGCUCAAACAGAGGGCAAGGUCGACGCAUUCACCUGCUCUACGGGGACUGGCGGAACACUAGCUGGCAUUACACGAUACUUGAAGGACGUCAGCAAUGGAUCAGUCAAAAGCUUCCUGGCAGACCCUCCUGGGUCGGUGCUGUACUCGUACGUUAGCUCUGGUGGCGAGUUGAAAGAACGAAGUGGUAGCAGUAUAACGGAAGGUAUCGGCCAAGGUCGUGUCACCGACAAUCUGAAACAAGAAGUCAAGGAGCUCGAUGGGGCGUUCAGCAUCUCGGAUGAGAAGACGAUAGAGAUGGUCUAUCGUUGUCUCGACGAAGAAGGCCUGUACCUUGGAGCUAGCAGCGCACUCAACGUGGUCGCUGCCAAAGAGGUGGCUGAGAAACUCGGCCCGAAUCAUACUGUCGUCACUGUGCUGUGCGACGGUGCUUACAGAUAUGCCGACCGGCUGUUCAGCGAUAAAUGGUUGAAGAGCAAGAAUCUAAGGGACGCCAUACCGAAACGUCUGGAAAAAUAUAUUGUUCUGCCAUAG